ACGAAAAUCUCGGACACAAUUGGAAUUUCUACCACGUGCAAUACAUCGUACACAUGAAAGUCAAGCCGGCAGUGAUCAAACAGAGUCUUCUGAUGAUAAAAGCGAAGUUAAAUCAUCUCCUGUUGAUAACACUAAAACUAAUGAAUAUUUUCGAAAACUUUUUAUGAAAUAA